GUGCACGGUAGUUAUCAUUAUGUUGUAUGGAACAAUUCGGAUUUUAAAAUCGUCUCCGUUUUCAUUAUUAUUUGCACGGCAGCGAACGCAUCCACUUGGUGGACGUUUACGACGAAAAACAAAAACUAUUCAAAAUAUUCCGGCAAAAGCACUUUCGGUUUCGAAAAUUAAUGAAUUAAUGCGGAAACGGUUGGAAACUUCAUGGUAUGGGAAUCAGGCAUCUACUUCGGAGAUGGAUUUGGAUUCUUUAUCUGCUGAUAGAUAUUUGGAGAUAAAUGCCAGUAAGUAUACUUCGCUUGUUACAUUUCGGCAGGCUAAGAAAGAGAAAGGCGACUGCGGAAAGAAAGAAUUGACAACUGAGCAUGAUUAUGAAGAUAAUGAUUUCCUAUUAGCUGGUUCUUUUCUGUUGAAAGCUGAUUCAACUGUUUCAAAAAACCCUGUGGAAAAUUCGUCGACACUUCCAAAGUUUUCUGGUUUCGAUCGUGGGUUUUACAUUUACGGAGAUAGUUUUGUUGACGAAUUUGUUGUUGGUUCAACGGCGGAUAUACCUGGUGGUGAACUGGAAAAUAUUGAUGAUGAAGCCGUAGUUCGUUAUGGUGCCGAAGAUGCUAUUGAAGAAAUUGAUUUUCAACUUCCAGGACAAAGUAGCAAUCCACAGAAUAAUGUACUGGAAGAGGAGGAUGACGAAUUUUUCGAUAACUGCGGUACAGUUGAUCCAACAGUACCCUCUUCAAAUAAGCUUUGCGGCGCUUGCGGAGCGAAUUUCCAUUGUCGGGAUGCUUCUCUGCCAGGUUUUGUACCCGCAGAGAUUUUUUUGAAAUUGAAUGACUAUAAUGAUCAGUUGUGCCGCAGGUGCUACAUGCUUAAAAAGCAUAAUUUUUUGCUGAAUGUUAAUGUUUGUGAAGUGGAUUAUCGCUCGAUGAUGAAACAUUUAAAACUGAAACAGGAAGCGCUAAUAAUACUUGUUGUCGAUAUGUGUGACUUACCAGGAUCAAUUUAUUCUGAAUUGCCCAAGAUAAUUGGUUAUCAGAAACCUAUGAUUGUUGUUGGAAAUAAGGUCGACCUAUUGCCGCCAGAUGCGCGUCGUGGUUUUUUGCGUCACUUCCGACAGAUUUUGCACAAUUUAUUGAGGGAAACAGGAUUUGUUGAUAAUUUCAACAUUUUACACACUUCACUUAUUAGCGCGAAAACAGGAUAUGGUGUCGAAGAUCUUAUUACUAACAUAUAUCUAAGAUUUUCAACUCGAGACACUUUGCGAAAUGAUAUGUAUUUAGUCGGUUGUACAAAUGCAGGAAAAUCAACACUUUUCAACGCAUUGCUGCAGUCCGACUUAUGCAAAGUGCGUGCUGUAGAUCUCGUAGAACGUGCGGCUACAACUCCAUGGCCUGGUACUACCAUUUCAUUAUUAAAAUUUCCAGUAAUGAAUCCUUCGCCACAUAAACUGGAAAUCAGGCGACGACGAUUAUUAGCGAAUCAAGCUUGGCAAAAGAAGGAGGACCGUAUGCGAUAUAAUCUUUAUAAGCAGUCAGGUGAUGUAAAGUAUGCAAUGUUGCAAUCUACCGUUGGGAAUUCAUUCAAGGACCGUGAAGAAGAAUUACAACCACCAGCUUUUCGUUCCAUACUUACCGAUUCUGAAGCAACGGACAAACCAAAACGACUUUUUGAUCCAAACUCAUUUGUUUUCGCGAAGGGAAAAUGGUGUUUUGAUACUCCUGGAACUGUCAAUUCUGAUCAGAUCCUGAAUUUAUUCACUUUGGAUGAGCUAAUUGCUGUUUUACCUCGGACAAUGAUUUUGCCGCGAACAUUUAUCAUGCAUUCAGACGAAUCACUUCUCGUUGCUGGCGUUGCGCAGAUCGAUGUAAUCAGUUUACCGAUGACUGCAAAACCUGCUUCGGAUAGAGAUUAUCCAGAAAGACGACCAUGUGCUCUACUGACAGUAUUUGCCAGUGAACAGCUGCCGGUUUUCAUAAGAAAAACAUCUGAAAUUGCUGCUUUCCGUGACAAAUAUUUGGGUAGUUCCCUUCUUGUUGUUCCUGCUGGUAACGCAGAAAGAAUAGCCCGAUUUCCGGAUCUUAAGGGCAAUGAGAUGGUCUUGGAAAGUCCCGGAUCAUGGAAAGGUUGCGGAGAUGUGGUACUUUCUUCUCUGGGUUGGGUGUGUGUGACAUCUCGACGUGGAGAAGUUCGCUUACAAGCUUAUACGCCUGAGGGACGUGGUUUAUUUCUACGGAAGCCAGCUCUUUUGCCAUUCUGUGCACAACUUCGUGGACCACGUAUAGGUGGUACGGCCGCGUAUAAGGUAAAACGACCUAUACUACUUGAUCCAGAUUCAUCACGGAAGCAAAGGAAACGAAAAUCUUCCAGUAAAGGAUCUGUUAAAUUUGUGAAUUUAUUUUAAUUCCGUUUAAAAGUAUUGGUUUUAUAGUUAAAUGGCCUAGUGAUAUUUAAAUUUUAAUAACUCGAAUUUUCGUUUCUUCUUUAGCUUUCAGUAUAAGUCUUUUAGGACUUAAAUAACUUUUUUUCUAGGAUUAAAAUAAGUUGAUACGUUGUAUACGUAUCACACUGCUCUUGCUUGUAUGAUCUAUUUUUUGUUUUAUUGAUUCUUGCUACACUGAUUGUUUUGCAACAAAUUGAUUAUCCUUGCUCAGUUUUUUUUUUUCCUUGUAAUAUUAGAUAUGAACAGCCUAUUUAAUAGAUGAAAUAAUCAAGAAUUUUUAUCACAG